GCAGAGCAAUGGCUGAAGACAGGAAUGAACUAUUCAGGAUUUUUUCAAUGGUCUGCCGGCCCGUCUUUGACUGGGUUUGGAUCCUGUGAAGUUUCAACAGCGCAUGAGUUACGACGGAGUCAUCUUCUCCCUCGGCUGCACAUUCAGGAGACGGAAUUCAUGCGCUGUUGAAAUGAGACUGUCUAGUCUACACAAUGCAUGGGUUUCCCUUCUCCUAUUAAAUCUGUCAGACCAUACACCAAGAGACUCAACGCUGCCCUCUACAGUUCGAAGUCUUGAAUCACAGUUCUCCUGCCCCUCAAAAUCUGUUGAUUUAAGCUGUAAAUCAGACAUACCUCCCAAAAAUCUGGUAUAUUUACACAUAUCUGAUGUAAAACAAACAUAUUAUACAUAUAUUUUGUUUAAACAGAGUUGUAUAAGUAAUAGUAGAAUUUAUUGUUUUUCUUCUGUUGUACCAGUUAAUUAGUUUUGUGAGUAAGUGAAUAUUUCAUGUAAUACUGGAAUAAAGGUGAUGUCCCUCAUACUUGGAGACAAGCACGUACAAGACAAACAAUUUUCCUUAAAUGUUAUUAACCUGGAUUAUGAUUUAUAAUUUGAACAGAUAGAAUGUGUUCAGUAAUAAAACAUGUUUUCUAAGUCAACUCUACAAUUAUUGAUUAUUCACAGCAGAUCAUUUUGGACAUGAAAUAUUAGAACAAACACAGGUUUGACCAGGUCAGCAAAACCUGGUUAAGCUUCUCAACGCUUCUCUUUAAUCCUUAAAAAUAAUAUUAAUUCAAUAAUAUGAACAAUCAGCUGAAAAUACUUCAAAAUGAUAUCAGAUUAAAUCAUGAUUAUAGCGCCGCCACUGCCGCGCAAAGACUUCUGGGAUAGCCUCCGCUCUGCCGCAUGAGAAGGAGUUAGCGGGGCUAUUGGGACAGGUCACAGCGCAGCACUGUGACGCAUUUUGACAACAAGUCCACACUUUACAGGAUCAAGACCCUGGAAUGAGACACAGCUCCUCAGAGGUGCACCAGUGUGACUGGGAGAGGACUUCUUGUAUCCUCCUUCAUUUGGAGUGAGGUCACUGGAGGUUCAGUGCCGCACAGAUCACUGUCUCGUCUACCUGAAAGCCCCACCCACUGGGUCCAAUGACAGACGGGGAACCAUACUUUGCGUUUCAUUCCCAGAAAACACUACACAAACAGAAAUACUUUAACAUUAUGAUGGAGUGUUAUUUACUCAGUUUACAUCUGUCUAUUCAGUUUCUACACAUGAACUCUUUCACACUUACAGGGCUGUGGAGCUGCAGUAUCGCCACCAGUUGAGGCAAGUAGCCCAAGAUGUGAUCAGACCACUGAUGAAAGGGCUCCGUUCCUUCAACCAUGUCUCAGAGAUGCUCCUCUGCAUUGAACCAGGCGUCAUCCUCAAUUCCAGAAGCCAGCAUUUUCAUGCCAUCAGACAACAGAUUGAGAAGAUGAAUGAGCAGUUGCAGGAGUCCCAGUACAUUGCAAACACUGAGCGCCGACGCAUAGACGGAGAGACCGAGCAUCUCACUGCAGAGCUGAGUCGUUUAGAAAAUCAGAAAAGCCAGAGAAAGAGGCAGUUGGACGACUUGAAAAUGACACUGAAGUCACACAGAUCCAAUCUAGAGAGUUACCGUGAAAGUCUGAAGGUGGAGAAAAGAAACCUGCAGUCAGCAAAAGACACCAGAGAGAACAUGAGAAGAAGGAGAGAUGCGGCAGAGAGAGACGCAUUAAUUGGUGCAAGUUUAUUUAUUAUCCCAAUUGCAGGGUGGAUUGCAGGGGGUAUUAUUAUUGGUGUUUCUGCUGCGGAGUGGAAUGAGGCCAAUGCCGCUGUUGACAGAGCUACUGAGGAGGUGGACAGGUGUGAAUCACAGGUGGACGACUACUCUGAUAAAGUGACAGAGUACAGUUCCAAGAUCGACCAAGCCGAGUGUGACAUCGAUAAGGCCGACAGACAGAUAAGCGAGACGGGGGACAAACUGCGGUCUGUGUCUGUGAAGCGAGAGUUUGUUGCUGAUGUUCAGGAGAAAAUUAGACAUGCUGUCCAUCAGCUGGGACAGCUGUGUUCGGUGGGGAGUGUGGCAGAGGUGCAGACCCGAUGCACGAUUGUACUGGAGCCUGUGAUUCAGGUAUUUGAGGAGAUGACAACAGCACUGAGUCGCAUCACUGGAGAUGAGCUGCUGCACACAGAGGGCAUCCAUUCCUUGAUGUGUGACAUGAAAAUAAACCAGAGAAAACUCAAGCAGCUUGUUGACUCUAAAAGGAGUUUAGGUUAUGACGAUUACUACUAAUUACAAUUAGAGCUGCAACUAACGAUUAUUUUCUCGAUUAUUCAAUUCAUUGUUUGGUCCAUAAAAUAUCAGAGAACCUUAAAAAAUGUUGAUCGUGUUCGUCAGACCUGGAAACGAUCAUGUUCUCAAAUGUCUUUUUUUUCUACAAAAAAACAAAAUUAUUUAAUGAUUUAAUCUUGCAUAUAUAAGUGCUAUUUUUUUCUGAAUUACUGAGAUGUUUCACAGUUUUUCUCUACAAAUGAAAUCAUUUUCUAUCAAAAUAAAACAUUUGGGCAUUACA